AUGGCACCAUUCGUGACCUCCAUGCGCGCGUGGCAAUACCACAACACCACUGGCGGCGUAGAAAACAACCUCUUCCUCAACGAACACACGCCCCUGCCCGCCACCACCUCCGAACAACAUCUCGUGCAAGUCAUUGCUCUAGCACUAAACCCCAUCGACUACAAGCCCGCGGAAACUCCCCUGGUGGGCCGCUUCAUGAUCCCGAAACCCGCGACGCCCGGAAUCGAUUUCACCGGCCGCAUCAUCAAGCCUGCCGAGAACUCGGAGCUGAAAGUCGGACAAUUGGUCUUUGGUGCCAGCGGGACUAUGCCCCCGUUUGCGGGCGGCGCGUUGAGAGAAUUCGCUAUUGCGGGAGAGGGGAAUAUUGUUCCGUUACCGGAGGGACUGAGUCCUUUUGAUGGGGCGUGUAUUCCCGUCGCUGGUCUGACGGCGCUGCAAUCCAUCGUCCCGAGAGUGAAGAAGGGAGACAGACUUUUCAUUAAUGGAGGCUCUGGGGGUGUGGGUGGGUUCGGCAUUCAGAUCGCGAAAGAGGUCGGAUGCCAUGUUACGACGACUUGCUCGACGGCUAAUGUGGAGCUGUGCAAGAGCUUGGGGGCGGAUGUGGUGAUCGAUUACAAGAAGUUUAAUGUUUUGCAGGUGUUGAUGAGUGGAGAGAAGUUCGAUCAUGUGGUUGAUAAUGUGGGGCAGGAUAAGGAGCUUUACUGGAGGGCGCAUGAAUACUUGAAGGAGGGCAAGGUCUUCAUUCUUGUGGCGCAGGAUAUCACGUUGGAUGUUAUUCAGGAUCAGUUGAAGAGGAGGUACUUGCCUGUUUGGAUGGGUGGACUGCAAAGAGUGGUUGAGGGAUUCUUCCCGAUGCCAAAGGCGGACGAUUUGAACCAGCUGGGUCAGUGGAUGAAGGAUGGUGUUAUCAAGCCGACGGUCGAUAAUGUGUUCAAGUUUGAGGAUGCACCAAAGGCCUUUGAGAGGCUGAGAACAAAGAGAGCGCAGGGCAAGAUUAUCAUCGACAUUGCAUCGGAGACAUACCAGGAGUUGAAGCUUUGA